UGACACCAUAAACACAACACACAGGGUGGCAAGUCUCCCUCUGGUCCCCAGCUGACACCAUAAACACAACACACAGGGUGGCAAGUCUCCCUCUGGUCCCCAGCUGACACCAUAAACACAACACAGGGUGGUAAGUCUCCCUCUGGUCCCCAGCUGACACCAUAAACACAACACACAGGGUGGCAAGUCUCCCUCUGGUCCCCAGCUGACACCAUAAACACAACACAGGGUGGUAAGUCUCCCUCUGGUCCCCAGCUGACACCAUAAACACAACACACAAGGUGUAACUUGGCUUUAUGUUGAAUGAGCCUAUUAAAAGAAACCAACUAGGGCUACUGUGCUGGAAUCUAGGAAGUCUUGAGCCAUGGCAGUGGUUACAAUCAAGAUGAUUAAACUUUUUGUGGCUUACUUGGAAUCUGGAAUCCGCUUCACAGUUGAUGCUGGAGUUGCUCUUCUGAAGCAGUGGUUGAAACUGGAUACACCCAUAAAGUGUCACUGCCAAAACAGAGUGAGGGGGAAAGUGGUGAUCGUGACAGGAUCUAACAGUGGUAUUGGCAACUCCACAGCACUUGAUCUAGCCAGGAAAGGUGCAACUGUGUACCUGGCAUGCCGUAGCUGUAAGGCUGGAGAAGCUGCUGCAAGAACUCUCUCUAAAGCAACUGGAAAUCUACAUGUUCAUUUCUUGCAUCUUGAUCUAACAGAUUUCUCCUCAAUACAGUUAUUUGCUCAGGAAUUCAUGAAAUGUGAACAAAGGCUGGAUGUGCUUGUUAACAAUGCUGCCAUCUUUCAUCAUCCUCCAAUCUUGACAUGUGAUGAACUUGACAUUACUUACCAGACCAACUACCUUGGUGUUUUCCUUCUCACCACCUUACUUCUCGAUGUCAUACAGCGUUCAACAACGCCCAAGAUCAUAUUUGUCUCAUCAGAGUCUCAUAAGCUUGUAUCCUUGGAGGAUUUAAGCCUCUUCAGUCCAAGACAGUCAAGAGAAUUGAAGACAUUUGCGGACCAUGUGAAGAUCUAUGGUCUCUCUAAACUGGCCCUUCACCUCUUUGCUCAGUAUCUUACACUAACUCAACCAGGAGUGCAGGUUACACUAGUAGACCCAGGAAAUGUUUGGACCAAAAUUUAUCGUCACUCUUGGCAGUUGUGGAGUGAAAUCUUCACCCGUUUAAAGUGCUACAUUUACAUGAGAAGUCCAGAGGAGGGAGCAGAGUCAACCAUACAUGCUCUUAAUGCUCCACACAUUGCAAGUGGGCAGUACAUUGACAGCAACUUGAACAUAGAGAUUAAGGAGAACUAUGAUUGUGAAGUAGUCAAUCAGUUCAUAGCCAAGUGUGCAGCACUGGUCGACCUGCCUCGCAUCUCUCCGUCAUUCCACCUGCAGCAGCUGACACCAUCUGACUGUUAAC